CAGUACGAGAUGACGCAUAAGACAGCUGAAUCGUAUGGUGCUCGUGCAUCCCUCGACUGGUGUGUGCGGCGACUGUAUCAGCAUCCUGUCCAGCCGGCUGUGGUCGACACGCCUGAGCCGUGAAGACACAUACAUAGCACACGCUCUUGUGUCAUGACGAUUGAUGCUUAAACAGAGUGAUGCCGCCUCAUCUGUCGAGUACACGGCGAAUACUGUUGGUGGUCGCGUGAGUCGUCUUAUUGAAGUGGCCGAAGAGGGUCCUCUUGAUGAACGACGACACAGACGCGAAGUCGGCGGCAGCCCGCAGCCUCCAGCCCUCGGCGUGGGAAUAUUCGAUGCGGCUGCGGACAGGUGGGUCGUGCUGCUGUCGGUGCCGCUGGUAGUAGUGGCCAGCACGCGGGUCGAUCUCGAUCUCGAAGCCGUCCUCGUCCCUGAUGGCCCGCAGUGUCUUCCCGUGGUCGAACAGCUGAAAGGUCACGCCGUUGGUGCCGAAGUCGAUGUGGCGGCCGACCAUCAUCCGAUGAGCCAACACACGCGGGGUGGCCAGAUACACCUGCAGACACACAACACAUGAACACAUUCACACACCGAUUCGUAGACAUUUUCUCUUCUCCCUCCAUCUCUCCCAGUUGGCUUGCCGUCUUGUUUAGAAACUUGUGCAGAUCGGUUGCAGUGAGCCUCACAGGCAGCUGACAGUAGCCACACUGCGCCGCCAGCGCAAUCGCCUCCCUCAUCUCCUCCCAGCCGCCCGCCUCCGUCACGCACACCGCCGCCAGCAGGUCAGCCACACCCAUCUGCUGAUCGUCGAACACCAGCAGCUGCACUGCCUGCCCGUUGACCACCGGUCGCAGCCCCGCCUCUGUGCUGAGCGAAUGAUUGAGCCGCUGCCGCAGCUGAGCCGCUCUGAAGAGCUCUCUCAGCCAUCUGCAAACUGCCCUCAGCCGCAGUAUGUCAGUGAGGCUGAGCAAAAAGUAGGUGCGCCGACCGACGAAGAUGUGCGUGAAGGGAUGCUGAUGUGUGUGCUGCAUGGACGGCCCCUCGGCGUGAGCAUAAGAAGGCGGAGAUCUGCUCCUCGCCUCCAAUCCGUUUCCUGUAAACGCAGCAGCGGUUUAGAACUGUUGGAGUUGUUGUGUGGAUAGCAGAGUCCCACAGAUCACGAGCGUUGAUAAAAGAGCGGCAGAGAGGUCCAACAUAAACAAGCAGGCAGGCAAACACGAAGGCGAACACGAAAAGGCACGUGGCCUUGGCGAACUGGGCUAUCGGCGACCCACGAUGACAUGCAGGCUGGCUGGGCUUAUCGGCGACCCACUUACAUGAAGGCAGAGGCAGGAAACAGGCAGCAAAGUCAGUGAACGCUCAAGUGUGCCAAAACAGUAGGUAGAGCGUUAUGACUCGUAAAACACAUGGCAAAUCCCAACACCCCUCCUCACGUCUUGCAGGCUACUGCGAGACGUGGACCACACAGAAGCUAAUUACUUGUACGCAGUAUGUAAAUGUAUGCAGGUAAACCGACGCCAAAAG